AUGCUGCUCGAAGAACAGAGAUUUCUCCACGAGGACCUCGAGAGGCUCGAACAAGGAAUCAGUGAUAGAGUUGCAGAAGACCCGAGACAUGUCCGUGACCGAUUGAAUCGAGACCAUCAGAUUUCCGGGUUUCUCAAUCGCAUCCAGGACCAAUCAAAACGACUCCUCGACAUCUACAAAGACACGGAAGGCCUGCGUUCCAAGGAAAUACAGUCAAUAUCUACAGGGGACCCUUUUGAUGAGUUCUACAAACAGAUGACCGAGAUCAAGGAGCACCACCGACGAUACCCAAAUCAGCCAGUUGAGAAUCUAGAGAGAGCAUACAAGAGGAAAGCGUCCGGUGAAGGGGAGUCAGCUACAGCGGAAGUGGACAACAUGUUCACAGGCGAAGAAGCCUUUGGUCGAUUCUUGGAUCUGACAACGUUACAUGAGGAGUACCUGAACAUCCAGUCAAAGCGGGUGUCCUACCUGCAAUACCUGCAAAUAUUCGACAAUUUUGGACCACAAUACAUCGCAAUGAAACGUGCUGAAAAGAGUACGGAUCAGUACUUCAAUUACGUUGGACGACUUGCAGAUUAUCUGGAGAGCUUUUUGAGACGAACAAGACCGUUGGAGGACCUGGACAAGUUCUUUGCCUCCAUUGAUCAAGACUUCGAGAGGGCGUGGGAGGAGGACUCGGUUCCUGGCUGGGGCCCAGAGGCGCAACCAGCAGGAUCUGCAGUACCCGUGACAGAAGGCACAGGCGAGGGUGUCUGGUGCCCAGAUUGCGAGAAGGAGUUCAAGAAUGACAAUGUCUACAAAAGCCAUUUGAACGGCAAGAAGCACAUCAAGAAUGCCAAAGCAAGACAAGCUCGGGGAGAAACCAACGGUACAAAUGGAGGAGCUCCAAAUGGCCACGCCAACGUUCGAGGAUCCACCGUCCAACGACUGAAAGAACGUGCAAUUGCAGAACGUGAAUACCGCAUAAAGCGCCUAGCCUCUACAAUGGAGACUGUCCGUACCGACUCGCGCGUGAAUGUUGAGCGCAAGCAAGGCAUGACGGAGCGCGAACGGCAGAUGGAACUCGACGCCUUCUUCGCUGAGUCCACCGAAGCACCGCAGCGCAACGGCGAUGAUGAUUCGGACUCAGAUGGUGACGAGAAAAUUUACAACCCUCUCAAGCUACCUUUGGCUUGGGACGGCAAGCCCAUACCUUAUUGGCUCUACAAGCUCCACGGUUUAGGUGUAGAAUUUCCUUGUGAGAUCUGCGGAAACUUUGUGUAUAUGGGCCGUAGGGCAUUUGAUAAGCAUUUUAACGAGGCGCGACACAUUUAUGGACUGAAGUGUUUGGGAAUCACAAAUACAACGCUGUUUAGGGAGAUCACAGGGAUCGAGGACGCGUUGAAGCUGUGGGAUAAGAUCCAGCGGGAUAAAAAGAAGGAAAAGAGCGGGGGGGAAAACGUCGUGCAGAUGGAGGACGCGGACGGGAACGUCAUGCCCGAGAAGGUCUACUAUGAUCUUCAAAAACAAGGCCUUCUAUGA